AGUUCUGAAUCUGUCCUUCAUACUAACACGGCACGUUCGAUCAACAUUUCAUUUAUCCAUCGAUCUAUCGCCAUCGGCUUGCUAUGAUCUGUUAGCUUUACUAUGCUUCUGAUGACUCAUUAAUCCUUUCUUCCCCAUUUUCUUAUAUUUCCUUUUUCUCUCCUCUUUUUUUUAUUUUUUUUUUCAAUUCUCACACGAUUCUUUUGGAUAUUAAUUUGACGAGCAGAGCUACAAAUCUAUUCCUACCAUCAUUUGUUCUUGCUCCUUCGCCACACCCACAUUAAUCCUCUUCUUUUUUUUCCCCUUCUUUUAUCAAAAUUAAUCCUCUUGUUUACCUCUAACCCCAAAAAAAUAGAAGGGAAGGGAAUUCCGGUUUUAUCGUCUUGAUUUAGGGUCAUAUACACCCCUCGCCGGGAUCUCAAAGUUGGAGUAGCACCAUGGAUAUGCAUGGUAAUUCUCACCCUGAUUCUGGAAAACUAGAACAAAUUAUUUCCCAGUUUCUAUUGAAGAGCUUGCACAUCAUCUUGGACUCAAGAAUCCCUUCUCUUCGUCCCCAUGAUCGCAGCAGGGAACUUCCUUCCACUUCUCGUGUCAAAAAGAGCGACAAAUGGUUCAAUUUAGUUCUCGGAGACCGCCCUGCUGCUCUCGAUAACUUGAAUUUUUGGCACAGAAAUCUCACGGAUCCCAUGAUAAUUGAUGUUCUACUUGUUCGCCAACCGUCUACUCCGUCUGCAUCCACGGACAAUUUGUAUGCUGGGACAUCUGUGGAGACAGUUAUAGAGAGGUGGAUUGUUCAGUAUGAGUCCCUGCGGGUUAUGCCUCCCCAGACCGGUGAAAAUUCUGCCUCUUACAAGAAGACAUAUAAGAAGUCCAUCAUACUUUUACGCUCUCUUUACUCUCAUAUGAGGCUUCUCCCCGCAUACAGGGUCUUUCGCCAGCUAAGCUCAUCUACUCAAACUUACAAUUUCCAUAUCAUUUACAAAGUUUCUUCAUUUUGCGAACCGUUCUCCAGGGCUGAUGAGGAAGUAAUGAAGGAGCUCAGUUUUAGCCCUGUUGAGGCCCUUCCUGGCCGCCUUUGUGUAUCUGUGACCUAUCGUUCGACACUAUCUGAUUUCAAGCUUGAGCCCGUGACAACGAUGACACCAAAGAUUAUAAUGGACUAUGUCGGUAGCCCCACCACAGAUCCUCUUAGGUCUUUACCCUCUUCAGAGAAGGGCGUGGGUGCUACGUCCUUUCUAUUGAGAGGAAUGCAACCACAUGUUUCUCCUCCUUUUCCACGCCCGCAUAGCUGGACAAGCGGCUUCCAUAGAGCAGCUCAUAUGGUGAACCAACCAGUUGGUGGAUCUCCGCCAGCUUAUCGCAAAUCUCGCAUGCCAUGUGAUUUUCCAUCCCCCUCUAAUGAUAUUUACGGUCAUAGAGUCCAAAACUAUAGACCAUCAACUCCUCAAAAGGCCAAUUAUCAUGAUGAGUACCAGCUUUCUCCUCCAUUCUCAUCAUCCAUGUCCCCUUCUACGCCAACGCACUUUUACAACGGUAGUCCUGUCCUAGCUCGUGAUACUUCAGAAACUGCACCCGUUACUAUUCCACUUCCUAUAUCAGACGGCAGAAGUUCGAGAUACCUGUCUCCUAACUUUUCUGAUUCAAGUAGGCAUUCUCUUCCACCUUUAUCUCCCAGAAGCACAAGGCAUGAUUCAUCAUCACAGGAGUCUCCUUCUGGAAUUCGAUCAAUCAAGAAAUUAGAAGCUAUAAGGUUUGCGGAGUUGAACUCUGGCAAUGCAAAUCAUUAUUCUGGUCAGAAGUUGUUAAGAGAUAGCAAAGAUGAUUCAGGGCGGUUCUCAGGGUUGUUAUCUUCUAGUGGCUCUCCACGCGUUGGUUUUUCCAGAAGUUCAAGUAGAUUAUCUUUCCAAGAUGACUUAGAUGAUGAUGAUGAUUUCUCGUGUCCUUUUGAUGUUGAUGAUGUUGAUACAUCAGAUUCUCAUGCCAGUCAGAACCUUUAUGGGAAGAAAAACUUGGAGUCCAGUUCCCACACUGCAUCAAUAGGGAAAAAAUCUCAAGAUGCUGCCGUUGGUAUCCUUGUUCACAUGCUGAGGACAGCACCUCCUCUGCGUCAAGAUCCAAGCUGUUACUCAUCCCACUCCUUGAGGACUGAUGUAGAGGAAGGGAUGAGCACAGCUUCUGGGUUUUUUUUGCCGAGAAAGACAGCAGAUGCGCUGGAAGAGCUCCGGAGUUACAGAGAAAUGAAAGACCUCUUGCUUUCAAAGAGUGGAACUCGGGUGGUCAGAAAAGAAGAAGCUUAAUUGCAGCUGGUUCUGGCAGGUUCAUUGUCUUAGAGAGACUUUGAUUUGUUAAGGGAAAGGUACACGAGGGAAUUGUUCUAAUCAAAAUAAUAAACUGCAGAAGCUCCAACAUAACGCAGUUAAUCUUACAUUUAUAACGUAACAGAUCAUUUUGUGGAGAGGGAUUAACAUAUUAUGUACAUAUCAAUUCAUGAUAGAAAUUUGUAAUGUUGAUCAAGUCAAUUACCGGAUUUAGUGGA